AUUGCCAAUGGUUGUGGUAGCAACCAAGAUUGAUAAACAAUGUGAGAAUAUAACGGAAGAUGCGGAUCAUCUUUAUAAAUGCAUCAAAUCCCAUGACGCAGUCAGAAGAAUAUCUAAGGAUUUAGAUAUACAGGAAAACCACGUUCUACCAGUCGUGAAUUAUACCACUGACGAAAAGAAGUCAAAUGGGAAGGAUAGACUAGCUCUAGGAGCGUUGUAUACAAUGGUCGAUCUGGCGAAAAAGUACCUUGAAAAACAUACAGACAUGGUAAAGAAGGUUGACGAGUUUGAAGAAAGAGGGCACCUACUAUCUUCACGGCGAUCAGAAGUGGAAACUAAAGUGAAAGAAAUGACAGAAGAAAUGGCAAGCUUUGAUUCUGAAACACUUCUUAUUCUUUGCAUUGGACCUAAUGAGUCUGGGAAAACAAGUUUCAUCGAUUCUAUAUAUUCGACCUUAAUGCGAGAGAUAUGCCAAAUAACAAGAGAGUUUGGAGCAUACGGCGGAAAAUCCGGAGAUUUUCUAAACACAGAGAUGUUUCACAUGUACAAGAUUGGAGAUCAGAGAAGCAAUGUUUACUUUGGAGAUAUGGCUGGGAUGGAGAAAGCUGUUUGCACAUUAAAGGAAUAUAUACAGUGCUUUUUGGAAGGAAAUUCGCAAAACAUAUUCAGCUUACCAGAUGCAGUCAAAAGUUCACAGUCUACAGACAAGCCUGGCAGGAGAGCUAAAAUUCUCUGUGCAUGCAUUGUUGUACAUUGUCAGUUCGUUGAUAAAUUUAAUGGACUGCCUGGUAAACUCAAGGAAACAAUGCAUCCUCUCCAACAAUUCCUUUCCAUCAAAGGUAUCCCUUACGUUGUAAUUUUGACAAAGGGAGAUGAGCAAAGCGAAAACGCAAAGCUAGAUAAAAUUCAAGUCUAUGAAAGUAAAAAAGUGAAACGAUGCGUGAAGACACUUGUGACGGAGCUAGGAUUGAAACAGAACUUCAUAUUUCCAGUCGUUAAUUACACCCACGAAAACAAUGUUGACGCUACCGGUGAUAUAAUCUUACUAGAUGCACUGGAAGGUAUUUUGAAGCGUGGUAGAAAUUUCUUGGAGGGAACUAGGAACAGAGAGUCAAACUCUAACAAAGACUACAAGUCAGAUCUUUAAGUUUGUAGGCGACAAAAGUACAAAAACAAGUAACAAUAUUCUGUGGAAGCUAUAUGGUUUUAUGAUAUUCUUUGUUACAUUGCCUAUGUUGACUAUAUUUUAAACACAUUUUGUAAAAACCUAAACACCAUUCAGUGCUAAAGCUAUAUGAUGGAUUUCGCAUUUGACUUCUCUCUUACUAAAGAGGUCAAAGUACACGUUGCAUUGAUUAACUAUCAGUGCCAACGACAACUAGUAUAUCAAUGACUUAUUUUCAUAAAUCAGUAGUAAUUGAUAAGGGAGUGUUAUGUAUGCUAAUACAUAUACUUGCAAUGGCAUGUGUACUAUGAAAUGCUUUAUGUAUUUAUAUUUAAAUGGUUACAUGUUUUGUAAACAAUACCGACGCUUG